AUGGAGAUUAAUUGGAUCGUGGGAGAGGCGAACGUCGGGGUCGAAAGGAUAUGUCCUGGGAUACAUAUUACACAAAGUCAAUGGCAAGCUGAAUGGAACGAACCAUUCCAACCAGAGCAAAAUGAUGAUCUCUCCGACCCUGUCUGUUCCAUCCCGCAGUUUAUUUGGUCAUUUGCCAGUGUGAUAAUUGUAAAUCCGGCCGGAGCCACCCGCACAAGCAUUCCUAUCGUCGAUUUAGUCCACGCAACUAAUCGUCAAUCAGCUGUUGAAAUUAUUAUGUGUGAUGGUUUUACAGGGCAACUCAAGAAAAUAAAUGAAGACGUGAUGGCGAGGUUUUCUUGGUGGAGUCCUAAAUUUAACGACGGUACUGUCGAGUCUGUGCGUGACCGCUUGAUUGAAGAUAUCAUGGGUCUAUUUGGUGGAGAUGGCAACCAACUGGACCAACAUCAUCUUGAAGCAUUGCGAAACCAGUUCCCAAUAUCCAACGCAUUCAAGAUCCAAGAGCAAUACGGUGACAAUUCUUUCACUUACACCAUAGAGGAACUGUGUGAGUUUUACGCAAGAGUGAUGAGACUCGAGGUCGAGCAGCUACGUUUCAAAGUUUUGGGGACAUAUUUAUACAAACAAGAAAUAAUGCAUGCUGUUUGUGUUUGUGGUGGUGAAGAUGCAGAAGAAAUGUUCAACAUAUAUCCAGAUGUUUCAACACCAGAGGAUGGCGAUGGUGCUGUGGUAACCCGAAAUGCCGACGGUAAUUGGGAGUGGAAAGCUCAAGCCACUGCGACAGAGAUGUUGCAGUUUAAUGGGGUGAAUGUUUUAAAGUAUCGCCGAUGGGAACAUGUGGCGUUUGCAUUUUACUUACCUCCCGAACACCAUUUAUUACACGUUGAUGAUAUCGAACGUCACUAG